CAAUUUUAACACGUGCAAAAUUAAAUAAAAGGGAAUGAUUACGAGACUUGUGACACUGUGUCACCGUCACUCACAGUUAGAGCUUAGAGGCAUAUAGGCUUGAGCUGAACCGAGCUCAGAGGUGUUGUGAUUUGCAAAGCUUGAAGUAAAGAAGAAAAUGGCGACAACACUCAAUAGUGGCUUCACAAUGCCUAUCAUUGGACUUGGUGUUUGGCGCAUGGAAUCUCAACAAGUCAAGGAUCUCAUCCUUAAUGCUAUCAAAAUUGGUUAUCGCCACUUUGAUUGUGCUGCUAAAUAUAAGAAUGAAGAAGAGGUUGGAGAGGCGCUUAAAGAGGCCUUCAAUAGUGGUCUUGUUAAAAGGGAGGACCUUUUCAUUACCACUAAGCUUUGGAAUUCUGAUCAUGGACACGUUGUUGAGGCCUGCAAGGAUAGUCUCAGAAAACUUCAAUUGGAUUAUCUGGAUUUAUAUCUAGUUCACUUCCCUGUUCCUACAAGGCACACUGCUAUUGGUAAAACUGCAAGUGUUUUGGGUGAGGAUGGGGUGUUGGACAUAGAUACCACUAUAUCCCUAGAAACUACAUGGCGUGCCAUGGAAGAUCUUGUUUCAAUGGGCUUGGUUCGUAGCAUUGGAAUCAGCAACUAUGGUGUGAUUAUGGUAAGAGAUUGUUUAGCAUAUUCCAAGAUAAAGCCUGCUGUGAAUCAAAUUGAAACCCACCCAUACUUCCAGCGAGAUUCGCUCGUCAAGUUUUGCCAGAAGCAUGGGGUUUGUGUCACAGCUCAUACUCCUCUUGGAGGUGCUGCGGCCAAUACUGAAUUGUUUGGUACAGUUUCAUGUUUAGAUGACCAACUUCUAAAGGGCCUGGCUGGAAAAUACAAAAAGACUGCUGCACAAAUUGCUCUUCGAUGGGGGAUCCAAAGAAAAACUGUCGUCAUUCCUAAAUCAUCAAAAUGGGAAAGAUUGAAAGAGAAUUUUCAGGUGUUCGAUUUUGAGCUAUCUAAAGAGGACAUGGAGCUCAUAGGAAAUAUGGACAAGAAAUAUAGAACUAACCAACCAGCCAAGUUUUGGGGCAUCGAUAUUUAUGGUUGAGCUGCGGUUUCUCCUGUAUUAUGUAUGAUCUUUUAAAAUAUGCAAAUACAUCAUGGUUCUUGAACCUUGAGAUUUGAAUUAUCAUUCAGCUCUAGUGAGAACCAAUCUUUUUAAGCCUCAUUAGAUUUGCCUAUCUGAACUAUGCUUGGUGAUGAUUGAAAAAUAAUAUGAGACAAUAGAUGCCCUAAAUAAGAAUCCGGAAUAUUUUAGUUGAUUAA